GUCUUGGUAUUCACGUGAGGAAGAAAUUAAUAACUACUUCUGGAGUCUGCUACUUUUGGAGUUCAUCUAUAAAAAAAUAUGUACAUUAUACAACUCAGUUGGUGAGAAUGAGUGCAUGGAUCCUGAUACAGUAGAACACUGCAAGGGACUAACUGAAGCAGUUGAAGAAAAAUGAAGAGAGCAUCAAAGGAUGAGCUCAAGAAAACUGCAGGAGGCGGAAGAGAAUGGCAAGGAAACAAUGAUAAUGGUGACCCACCUGAAUGCAGUGUCCAUCUCCCAGAUCUGUCUGACCUUCCAUCUGCAGUUACAGUUCAACACCAAAGCCAGCCAGAUGUUCUUUUAGUGACUGUUGAAGACUGCGAGUUCUUAAGUUGCUAUGCAUACCUGAAGAAUCCACUUAAACACUAUGUUCAUGGUCUUGGUUAUGUCUACUUUGGCAUAAUUGGUGAUGAAGAGCAUGAACAUGUGAAAGUUGGAUUGAUGAAAUGCUAUGAGGGCUCCAUUGGUCCUGGCAGUUCUUUGAUUACUGUAAAAGAUGCUGUCCCUUCUCUUCAGCCCAAGGCAGUUAUUUCUGUGGGAUAUUGCAGUGGCAUGAGCCGUGAAAAUGCAAAACUGGGAGAUGUGGUUGUGUGUGCAAAGCUCACAACAUAUGCACCCAGGAUUGUUUUGGAUACUGAAGAGAAAUCCACUGGAACAAGAACUCUUGUCAGUCGAAAUUUCCUGCACCUCAUCAAAAAUGUUGCUGAUGGGUGGAAAGCACCACUGAAAAAUCCUGAAACAGGAAAAGUGGGAGUACAUACAGGUGGCGAGUUUUUAAGUGGUCCAGAGAGGAUCAACGCAGACUGGCGGUGUGCAGAACUCCUCAAAGAAUACCCCCUGGCUAUUGCAAUUGAGCAGGAAGGAGAAGGAGUGUUCACGGCUACAUUUGAUCUUGGCAUUGAGUGGCUCUUAGUAAAAGGUAUUGCAGAUUUCGCUGAUGGCACAGACACUAGAAGUUCUUGGAAACGUUUUGCAAGCGUCAUGGCAGCAUCUGUUGUUUUUCAUUUGCUGAGUGAUCCUAAUGUUUUUAAAGACUGGCCUCAUUACAAAGAAAACAUUAGAAGUGGCUUUGAAACGCUGAAAACCGAUGUUGGAAAGUUAAGUGACAGGCUGGAGGCUUUGAUAGAAGGACAAGGAAGAUUAAUGGAUCAAGGUUCAUGUGAAUUUCAAAUGGUGAAACAAAAGUUGGAUGCCUUGAAGAGUGGGCUUCCACCUAACGAGAGACCGAGGAUGGAAGAAAGUACCAGAGAAAAACUAACGGAGAUAAAAGGUGAAAUUCGAGUGAUGAAACAAAAAUUGAAUGACUGGAUGAGCGGGCCACCUUCUAACAAGAGACCUAGGAUGGAAGGUUAUAGCUCUGUUGAGUUAAUUACUCAGCUUCAGCAAAUGCAACUCGAUGCCAGCAAAGGCAAUGACGAGACAGACCUAAAAAUAGAGUUGAAGAAAAUUGCUUCAGACAAGGGCUUCACAAUUGUUGACAAUGAAGGAUCAGGAAAUUGCAUGUUCUACGCUUUGUCAGAUCAACUGGAAUUUGCUAUGGGAUUCAAAAUCAAGUAUGACGAAUUAAGACGAAUAUUGGUCCAGUACCUUAGAGAAAACCCUGAACUACCGGAUGGAACAAAUCUGUUUAACUUUGUCCAUGGACAUCAAUCAUGGGAUGAUUACUUAACAUACAUGGAACAAGGUGGCGCUUGGGGUGACCAUGUCAUUCUGUGUGCCGCAGCAAACUGCUAUAAAACUUGCAUUCAUGUGGUCAGCAGUCUUUCCGCUGUUCACGAUGUUAUCUUACGGCCACAAUGUCCUGUUGACAAAAGCAGGACACUUGUGUUGGGACACAUCCAUGAAGUACACUAUGUCAGCCUUCAUUCC